CCUGACAGUGUUUCCUCCCUAUCUUAAGCCAAGAAUGAAACUGUGGCGAGAUGGCAGAGGAGCUGCUCAGAACAUCAUCCCAGCAUCCACAGGUGCAGCGAAGGCUGUUGGCUAGGUCAUCCCUGAGCUGAAUGGAAAACUCACAGGGAUGGCUUUCCGCGUCCCAACUCCCAAUGUUUCUGUCGUGGACUUAACAUGCCACUUGGAGAAACCAGCCAAGUAUGAUGACAUUAAGAAGGUUGUGAAGGCAGCUGCCGACGGCCCUAUGAAGGGUAUCCUGGGAUACACCGAGGACCAGGCUGUCUCCUGUGACUUCAGUGGUGAUACCUACUCCUCCAUCUUUGAUGCUGCUGCUGGCAUUGCUCUCAACGAUCACUUUGUGAAGCUGGUCUCCGGGUACGACAAUGAAUAUGGAUACAGCAACCUCGUGGUAGACUUGUUGGUUCACAUGGCAUCAAAGGAGUAAAGGCAGAGUUCCAUUUAUUUUCUUACAACUCGGCUCUGUAUCUUGCAGUAGGAGGCCUUCUCUUGUUCCAUCUGCCUCUGAGGAAGUAGAGAGGCUGGAAGAAACUUGACUGUUUCAGUAACAUCUCCCCUCUCAAUAAAGUCAUCACUGUCUCAAAAAAUAAAAUAAAA